AUGUGUUAAAAAUGUGUUGUAGAACACAGUAUUAAACAAUUUAGAAAAAUACAUCAAUUAGUUGAGUUAAGUACAUUGAGAAGUGAAGUUUAGAAAGAGGCAAAUGAUUUAAGUUAAGAAUUAGAUUUAUUAAUGUAAACAUUGUAACCAGAGUAUAAUUUAGUUGAAUAAUAAAGAAUAGGAUUAUAGUUAUUAUAAAGAAGUUAAACAAUUUUAUAAUAGGCAGUAACUAAUUUUUUUGAUGAACUUAAGCAUACUUUUAUUUCUUUAACAUCUAAUCAUUCAAACUUAACAUAAAAAAAAAUAUUAUAAGAAGAAUUAGAAAAAAUUAUGUUUGAAUUAAAUGAAUAUAUAUCAACUAAUGAUUUUUAAAUAUCAGAAUUCUUUGAAAGAGAUUUUAAAGCAUCAAUAAAAAAAAUGAGAGAAAAUGUUACUUAAUUUAUAGAGAAAACUAAAAUUGAGUAUAAAAAACCAAAUCUAAAAAUAAAUGAUAAAUUCACAUAAGAUAUACCUUAAUUACUUUCAAAUUAUAUUAGCAUAACUUUUGAGAAAAAUCAUAUGGAUAAGACUGAAAUUAGAGCUCCAAAGCCUAGAUAAACAUUACAUUUCACAAUGGAAAGGAACAAUAGUUAAAGAUUAGAAAGAAAGAUGACUUUGAUUAAUCCAUAAAACUUAGCUCAAUCUCAAAUAUUAAAUCAUACUUAUCUUUAAGCAAUUACAGAAUAGAAUCUGGAAGAUUAAUUGAUUUAAUAAUUUGAUUAAAAUGAAGAAAUUUAAAAGAUUGUAAUUUUAGAACAAUCUAGAAUUAGAUAUUUACAUUCUUUAAUUGAUUGUUAAACUCUUUUUAUACAUGAUAUUUAGUUAAAAGAGAAUUAAUUAAUAUCACUUCCUGAAAGUGCUAAAAUACCAGAAAAUGCAUAAACACUUAUUACAAGUGAUUUAAUAUUAUAUAUUUGUGGUGGUAUUCAUAAUUCAAAUCUAAGUUAAAAAUUCUAUUAAUUUGAUAAUGUUCAUGGAUUAUUAUAAUUACCUAAUCUAUUAGAACCUGUUAAUCAUCAUAGUUUAAUAUAUAUAAAAGGAUUUAUCUAUGUAAUUGGUGGUAAGACUUAAGAUGGUGUAACUGCUAAAUGUUGGAGAUUUAUAGUAAAUACUUAAUUAUGGGAAGAGUUUGCAAAUUUGAAUGAACCUAGAUCUCAUCAUUCUUCAUGUGUAUUUGAAAAUGAAGAUUAAACAUUUAUAUACACAUUUUUUGGAUAAGGAUAAGGAGGAAUUCUAUUAGAUUCAAUAGAAAAAUAUAGUAAUUUAGAAAGAAGAUGGUAAAACAUAUUAGUUAAAAAUAUGAUACCUGGAUUUACUACUAUAAGAUGUUGUUGUAUUUAAUUGGAUGAAUAGAAAAUCCUAAUUUAUGGAGGUUAUUAUAAACAUCUAAAAAAUGCAAAUAAAAUGAUUACAUUCAAUACUUAAACUGCAACAAUAGAUAAUUUAAAUUAAUUAAAUUUACCUAUUGGAUAAUUAUAAGGAUAACCUAUUACAAUAAAUAAUUCAAUUUAUUCACUUCAUAAUUGUCCAGAUUAGAUAGUACCAAAAUAUUCAGAAUUUGGAGAUGUACUUUAUAUUUUGGAAAUUAAUAAUAAUUCAUGUCAUAUCCAAGAUGUAAUAAAUUGUAGAUAACUAACAUUAAAAAAAAAUUGA